UAGGGAUUAUGUGACACAUGCAGACACAUGACUCGCCCAGAAUAAAAAUUAUUAAAACAUUGCAAAACACCGGAAAGCUUUUGGAAAUAUUUACACCAAGAAUUACAAAAUAUUUUCCUAAAUGGGUUUUAAAUAAUUAGUCAAUAAAUGUUUUAGUUAAGCCUAAAAUAUGUCGAAUUUAGAACUGCAAGAAGAGGAAAGAGAAGUAUUAAACUCCAUAUAUGAUGGUGAUGAUUGUUACAAACAAAUCGACCCAACUACACAUCAAUACAAGUAUGGAAUUAAUGAUGACCCCAAAUCAUUUGUCUUGGAAUUGAAAUGGAAUGAUACAUAUCCAGAAACCAAACCAGAAAUUUGUAUGGAUGCCUUUUAUAAUAAACAUAUAAUUCAGUCAUUAAAAGAUAAAAUAUGUAGUUUAUUAUCUGAGGAAGCUGAACAAUAUCUAGGAAUGUCAAUGACCUACUCAUUAUUUGAAUUCAUCAAAGAAAAGUUUGAUGAACUGAUCCAAGAACAACCAGAACAUGUCGUUAAUGAGUCGGUUGUUUGUGAUGUAGACAAAAUGACAAUAAAUGAUCCUCAGGAAAGCAAAAAAGAACAGAAAAAAGAACAACUUACCAAGGCACAAAAACGACGACAAUGGGACCGAGUGGACGGAAAAGGCGAAAAACCACGUGGUUGGAACUGGGUGGAUAUUGUUCGACAUCUCUCACAAACCGGCGGCAAGGACGAAAUACCACCGACCUAGUGUACAUAACCAAUGUUCAAUUGGUUAACCUGUAUUGAGUUUCAUGUUACGAAAAAAUAUCCCUAAAUAAUAAAACAUAAAUUGCCCUCAAUAGAA